CCCUUGUGCCUCAUCAGGGCAGACUUGACAUGACAUGACGGCAAAGAUAAAGAUGACGUCUACAUAUGGAUCACCGUUGUUCUUGCUGGUUACGUUAUUCCUAUCUGGACACCAGUUAGUUCCCAUUGAAGCCACGACCGUGUCGCCUAACGGGACUAUUCUGUGGGGAACGGGGUGGGUGGACGUCAGCUACAUCCUGGAGACAGGAACACCGACUUACCCCUGGACUCUGUCGGCUUACGCCAGGCUUGCUCGUCAGUUUGCCGCGGCUUUCGUGAAGAAGGACAUCCUCUGGGAUAUCCUUGGACAGUUCUUGAGUGGAAACAUGGAGGAGAUCCCAGUGGAGAAGAUCCUGACCUAUGAGAUCCCAUUCCUGGUUGUUGGAGGGCUGAGCCUGUUGCUGGGGCUGGUCCUGCCCAUCACAGGGCUGAUCUUCUGCUGCUGCCGCUGCUGCUGCGGGCGCUGCGGUGGACGGAGGAUGGACCCGGCCAAACUGUCCAACCUGCGAGUCUGCCGCGGGCUGGUCAUGGCUGGGGGGCUACUUCUGGUCAACCUCGUCAUGAUAACAGCAGCCCUGUGCAUGUACCCAGCCAACAGCAGAAUCUCCAGCUCUUUUGAGGUCACCGUGCAGACAGCAGACAACAUUGUGGAUGACCUUCAGACUUUCCUGAACAAGACAUUUCAGGAGAUUGACUUAUUUAUAGACCAAGAUGUUGGGAUAGUCCUGGAUGCAGUGUCAUCAGAUAUCUCAGAUGUUGGGACAUUGGCAGCAGGUCCUUUUCUCACAGCAAUGGAGUCCAGAAUAGACACUUUAGCUGACAGCCUUGCUGCAGUAGACACAGACCUGAACAGUGCCCACACAUCCCUCAUCAGUCUGAACAACAGCCUGACUUUGAUGACAGAGUUGUUCUCUGCCCUGGAGGCCGGCAUCAGCCAAGCGAAGGACAACCUGACGAGUGUGCGUGCAGACUGUGACGCAGACAUUACGCUGAGCGGACUGGGAGUGUGUGACGGGAUCCCUGACCUGUCCUCCCAGGCGGCCACACUGGCUGGGCUGAAUUUUCCUGACCUGUCUGAUGGCAUCAACUCUCUUGAAAGUGCACAGAGUCUUAAUCUAACCAGCAUGGAAGUCCUGGCAAGGGCUGCAUUGAACAGCUUAAGUGCUGAGAUUGGGAAUAGCACAGAUAUUUCUGUAGACUUUUCUGCAAUGCAUGAACCCCUGAGGAUCAUGGUUGCCAACAUGACAAGUGGUGUUCAGGAGUUUUUGGAUGAAGACAAACUGAAGGACUUGUACAUGCAUCAUGUGACUAACGUAGCAUCACUUUUGGAACAAUAUGAAGGUGCAAGACAGGGAGGGAUUGCAGGUCCGAGUGUGGUGGUGCUGGUUCCUGGACUCUUUGUUCUGUUGGGACUGUUGCUGGCUUGCUGCGGUUGGAGACCGCGGAGAAACUUUAAUGACAAACGGUCCCUGUCCUCCAAGUUUGGUGCAGGGUUCCUCUGUAUGUCAGUGUCCUGGCACUUUCUGUUUUCCCUGGUGAUCUGUCUGCUGUCAGCUGUACUGGUGCUGGUGGGGAUGAACAUGUCUGUGGUGUGUGAUUCAGUCCUGGAUCUCUCACUGUUUGACAAGCUUGUGGACAAGCCAGACAACUUUGGUGGGGACUACAUCUUGGCCAAACUCCUUCUGGGAAACGGGUCCGUCCCUCUCACAACCCGGGGGAUCAUUGAGGGCUGCCGAGAAGAUAAAGCUGCUUAUGAAGUCUUGAAGCUUGAUGUCAUUUUCGACUUUACAAGCCAAAUUACAGAAAUGGUUAAUUUGGAGGAGAUGACACCCGACCUGACUCCUGUCUAUGACGAGUUGAACACGACCUUAGGGUCUGUGGACCUGAACCUGGACACCUCAGACCUGUCCAGCACACACAGCUCACUGGGAACUAUCAUGGACCUCAUGGACCUAUCAACCUUCCAGGACAAUAUGCAUGCUGUCAUGGAUAGUGUGUCUCCCCUGAAUGCUUCAACUCAAGCUGACCAGGCUGCUGAUGCCAUAGAGCCACAUAAUGCGAACCUUGCAGCUGACCUGAGAGAGAUUGCUUCUGACCUGACAGCCCUGCAGUCUCUGGUCACACUUCAACUGGACCCACAGAUGACAUCUUUCAGUGCUGGCAUCACUUCAGUGAAUGAAAGCAUCAAUGCAGUACAAACCAGUGUGGCUGGUUCUAUCUCCACUGUGGAUGACCUCUCUGACUUCAUCCAGGACAGCGCAAUGACCUUACUGACUCAGGGCAUCGAUGAUGUUGUAUCCCGUCUGUCCGGAUAUGGCACACAGCUGAUGGAUGAAGGUGUGCGUCGUGUGCAGGAGGAUGUGGGGAGGUGUCAGAUUCUCAGCAACAUCUUCGAUGCAGUCGUCGGAAUUGUCUGUGUGUACUUUGGAGAGGGACUUAAUGCUCUGUGGCUGUCGUUUGCCAUCGUGGUGGCCUGUCUGGUUCCUAGCAUCGUGUUGAGUGUCCGCCUGAAGAAGUACUACCGACGUGUGCAGCCUGGUGAUGAAGAGGCCAUCAGGUACACCCAGACGUGGCAGUCGGGGAUGCCCAUACCGUUGUCAGGGGCUAGCGGUUACUACCGCCGUCUGUCCUCCAGCUUCAGGCUGAACCGGAACAACCGGAUUGGGCAACACGCGGCACCGAGGGAGAUGGACUCUGUGAUUUAGGCUGGGUCAGUGCGACAAUGGCUACAGAUACCUCUGACAGGCAGCAGUGCCCAGACAUCACAACUGUACGCAGCUUACACAGGGUCUGAGUGGUGAGAAGAUCAGACUGACUCAGCAGCCAGCAAAGACCCAG